CUCUCUCAUUCGAAGACUAGUGCACUCCAGGGUCCCUCGUGUCCAUAAUUGGUGAGGCUGACUCCAUUUUCAGGGUCUUGCCGAGCCUCAAUACGAGAUGGUGCUUGCUUUUGAACCCCCAUUAAAAAGGGGCUCAGCCGCUGAAGAUUCAUCCAUGCCUCUGCGACAUUGUGACAAUUCCGUCGGUUGACCAUGUCCGGCUCGAAUUUUGCCUGCAUAGAAUGACUGCCCAUGACCGCAUCCAGUGGCUGGAUGGCCUUCGCGGCAUCGCAGCGGCGAUUGUGGCCUUUGACCACUACUUUAUGAGCGAUGUCUGGCACCCUUUCGUCUCCUUCUGGGCUGAUCCCCCCGAGGCCAAUCGGCACUUGGUGCAGCUUCCGCCCAUCCGCAUUCUUUUCUCCGCCCAUUCGAUGGUGACCCUGUUUAUGGUGAUCUCCGGCUUUGCCAUCUCCGUCAGUCUACUCAAAGCCCGCCACAGCCCGCAGUUUCUGCCGCGAGUGACCUCCGCCAUCGUGCGGCGCCUCUUUCGCAUCUAUCUGCCAGUGUUUGUCCUGGCCACUCUGAGCCAGGUCUUGUUUUACUUCGAUCUGUACCACUGGACUUUCGACGAGGGGUUUCUUGAUGGACUUCAACCCUGGACCCACCCGUGGGCCCAUGUUAAGUGGUUGUGUGGCUACAUGGCCGAUAGCAUCAAUGUCAUCGCCUUUGAAUAUCGCGGCGGUCUGAACGGCCAACUCUGGACUAUGCCUCUAGAAUUCCGCGGAUCCAACGUGGUGUAUCUACUGACUGUCGGAUUGUCGGCAUGGCGUCCCAAGCUCCGACUCUGGGCUCUGCCACUCCUGGCUGGGUUCUUCCUAUGGGCUGGCAAUUGGGACAUUUUCGGAUUUAUCUGGGGCCUGUGGCUGGCGGAGCGGGCAACCAACACUACCACUGUGGCGAGCGCGAUGGCAGAUGACGACCUCGACGACGAGGAGAAACUGUCUCGGUCGUCCUGUCCCACCACGCAAUGCAGGAUCCGGUCCUCGCUACGAAAGCUCUUCACUCUCUCCCGGACGAUCACCAUCCUCACCUUCGUGGUCGGAUACUAUCUCCUCUGCCUCGGCAGCGACGGCCAGCUGCCCCCGGGCUACCGGUUCCUCGCUACCCUCCAGCCUGCCAAGUGGAAGGACCGGUGGGAGAUCUACCAGUGGUGCUGGAAGUCCGUGGGCGCCGCGUGUUUGGUCUAUGCGAUUGCCCAGUCCCCGUGGCUGCAACGGCCCCUCAACACCCGGCCCGUGCAGUAUCUGGGCAGAAUCUCGUUCUCGCUGUAUCUGCUCCACGAGACCAUUUACCAGCUGUGGCGCAAUCCCCUGCGGGAUUUUGUGUAUCUGAUGGCGAGCGGGAACCCGUACCUGACUAGCGCGGAGGCCCUGCGAGAUGAUCCGUUCGCAUUCCAUGUGGCCUGGUGGGUGUCUGGAUUUAUUUUGGGCACGGUGGUGGUUCUCGCGUCGCAUUACUACACUAUCUAUGUGGAUAAUAAGUGUGUGGCGCUGGCGAAGAGGUUGGAACGAUUGUUUACUUCAUGAUGUUGGGCCUGAAAAUGUUUCCGAGAUUGGAGAUCAAUAGCAAUGAUCACUCCCUCUGGCUGUGGUGUGUAUCCCCUUCAUGAUAACGCAAUGGAUUGAGAAAGAAUGCGCCUGUUCUGUCUAUGGUGGCCUGUAGAACUGUGGCGUCUUUGGAUCGCAUGAGACUGGCCGUAAUAUGGUAUGUAUAUGAAACUCAGUACCUAGGCCAGAACUGAGCCCGGAAGUCAUGAUUCAAUCAAACAAAUCGCCCAUGGUGCUAGCCCGAAGCACUUGAACGACCCAGCCGCCAUCAUUUCUAAUUGUCCACUCCGUAAUCAGCACUGUGAUCCCAAGCCUAUUGUUUUCUUUCCUCUUUCUGCUCGUUUCUCUGCUACUUGGGUGCGUGGUUUGGUGACAGCUUG